AUGAGAGAUUCGCUCUACAACCGCCUCUGGCGCCGGGAAUGCGGGGACUUAUCUGCCCGUGCCGGGCUCCGGGACAUUUACGGUUCCAAGGAGUGGGUCAGCGAUCUUGACAUUGUGAACGAGCUUGGUGGACACACUGGCUGCGUGAAUGCCCUCAGUUGGUCCCGUUCAGGACGUCUCUUAGCCUCGGGCUCGGAUGACCAACAUAUGAAUAUCUACUCCUAUCAACCCGAAUCAUCCGAUGCUCCCUUUGCGCUGAGCACUACCGUGCAUACAGGCCACAAGGCCAACAUCUUCUCCGUCAAGUUCAUGCCGCAUUCGAACGAUCGAACCUUAGUCACCUGUGCCGGCGAUUCCCAGGUGCGCGUUUUCGACAUCGAAUACUCCAGCAGCAGUGGCAACAUCUCUAACACCUCCGCAUUCGCGGCCUCAGCCCGCAGCCGCCGCUUCAACAACUUCUUCGAAGGGGCCCGAUAUCUGAAUGAAGGCAACACCAAUGCUAGGGUCUACCGGAGUCAUGCCGACCGCGUAAAGCGGAUUGUUGUCGAGUCCUCCCCUUACCUAUUUCUAACAUGUUCAGAAGAUGGUGAGGUCCGACAGUGGGAUUUGCGUCAGCCGACUUCCGCAUACCCUCCGCCGAAUGGUGGCCAGGGCUUCAUGGCCUAUAGGCCUGGCCGCGAACACGAUGACUCGAAUGUCCCUCCGCCCCUCAUCUCCUACAAGAACUUCAGCCUAGAUCUCAACACAAUUUCAUGCUCUCCUUCUCAGCCACACUACAUUGCCCUUGGUGGUGCCCACGUGCACUGCUUCCUUCACGAUCGGCGUAUGCUCGGUCGCGACAUGGUAAUGGAAAGAGGUACUCCUAGCCGGUCGACUCCGAGCGCCGGUACGCACGACGAUGAAGUAAUGGGGAAAGCCACUCGAUGUGUUCGACGGUUUGCGCCUCGUGGCAAGCAUCGCAUGCGCGAUCUCGACGAGGGACAUAUCACCGCUUGUAAAAUCAGUGAUGCGAACCCCGACGAAAUGGUGGUCAGCUGGUCGGGAGACCACAUUUACAGCUUCGAUCUCAUUCAAAGCCCUGAUGCUCAGGACGCCUCGCCUGAGAAGAGCUCGUUGUCAAAACCUGCAAAGAAAAGUUUUAAAAAUGGAUCGCGCGAUCGGAAACGUAAGCGCCCAAAGCCCAUGUCGAUGUCUUCCCAAGAAAGUGGCGACCGUCAUCAUUCUCGACGUCGAUCCAAUGAUCCCAACACGUUGAGGGUUCGGUUUGAGAAUGGCGAGUCAUCGGAUAUCCCUAUUCCCGGAAUGUCAGAAGAGGAGUCCCCCGAAAACCUGAUGGAACGUGCAAGGUACUCGGUCUUGAAUGAGGCGCAGCGGUUAAGCAGAGACAUUUCCAAAUCGAUGGUGAAGCUCCGACAGGCUAUGUUUUCACUUGAAGAAACGAUACGAGAGGCAGCGGAGUCCGAUCAACAUGAUCUCGCGGCUUAUUCUGAGUCUUUUGGGUCUGCAUUGUCGAUCGCAUGUACCGUGCUGCCUCAAAUGGACUCUAUCAUCCGGGGGUGGAGGUAUCCCAUGAAUCCAUCUCAUGACACUGUCCUUCUUCAACAGACCCUCCGUCGUCACCGCCAAGAAUCAUGGAGAUUCAUUCAGGCCGCUGGUACUCUAGCCUUUAUCCUGAAAACCCCAUCGACUACCUCCGAAGUGAACGACUUGGAUACAUAUCGAGAUUUCCAGAAAAUUACUCCCGCGCCAAGUGAAGAUGAAUCCAUUGAGCCGGAAUCGCAGUUCGGCUAUGAUUUUCUGAAGGCUAUCUUGCUUUGGCUACACGGAGGCCGACAAGAGCUAUUAGCCGGAUUCAAGCGAGGAUCAUGCCAUCGGAGACAAAAUGGACGAUUUCCUAUCCCAGUAGAUGGUACCGAGGGUGCGAUUGAAACAAUUCUCAUCCCAUAUCUGCAUGCCCUCGCCGGAGAUUCGCCGGUUAUCAAUGUGGAUGCUUCCCCAUAUGAACACGACAGGACCCGCAUAUUAUUUCCAACCCAUCGUGCAGCAGUAGUUGCCUUUGGAAAUGCCGUCAAGCUGCCACUAGAGAACCUUGGGACAACUGCUGCUCGCAUUGACAAACGUCGUGUGUCUAAUUCGUCCUCCCAAGUUAGAUCUCUUGACCGGGCCUCUGCCUCCAGAUUUUGGAUUUUUCGGGUCGGAAGGGGCAUUUUAAUGACAACUGGGAAACGCGUCAACUAUGCCUUUGUCAAUCGUGCUUUCGGUGGACUACAACCCGAGGUAGACGAAACAGACAGUGACCUAGAGCUGGAAAGAUACCUGGAGGAAACCCAAGAAGAUAUUGAUCCUGAUGAGCCAGAAGAACGGGUUCGAUCCAUCAAUCUCGUAAGCACUUCCCUGUCAAGCCGAAACGUCAAUUCUAGGAGAAAUGAGACGUCCUCGCGCGACGAUCAGCAAGGUGACUCCGGGGGAGCCCUUUCCUCGUCAGGGUCCUCUGCUGACGAAACGGAGAGCGUCAAUGGGGAGAUAAGUGAUUCCGAUGGGAGUGAUCAGGAUGAGGCCGACCAAGAAGGGCCAGAUGGAUGGAACUUCGGUUUUGAUGAUGGGAGCGAAGAAGAUUUCGACACUGAAAUCCCUGUUUCUCUGCGUUCUGGGGGCCGUAAGGGACGUCGAAGAAAUGUUGAAAUCGACACCCCAUGCUCAUCGCACACAAAGGUUUAUCGGGGGCAUUGUAAUAUCAAAACUGUCAAGGACGUCAACUUUUUCGGGUUGAACGACGAAUACGUGGUAAGUGGCAGCGACUCCGGCCAUGUGUUCAUGUGGGAUCGAAAGACGGGCAAUCUGGUGAACAUAUUGGAAGGAGACAGUGAGGUUGUCAAUGUCGUACAAGGCCACCCAUAUGAGCCUACUAUGGCUGUGUCCGGCAUCGACAGCACUAUCAAAAUUUUCAACCCAGAUCGAAAUGCUCAGGAGCAAGCCAAGCAAGGCAUCAACAUUCUAGACCCUGAUAACCCUGCGAAUGUUCUGGGCUCAACCGUGCACAAUCUCGGAGGAUUGUCGAGUCGCAAGCGUCUUCAUGACAGCUAUCGUAUCAUAAGCCAGAAUGAUGUUGACCGCCGAGGUGGUAUGAGCGAAGCUUACAUUACUAGAAGCAUGCUCACUCGACUUGCGGCCACCCUUCGAGGCCGCCAGAGUCUCGGAGAGGGUAUCGAGGGUAUGGGUGGAGAAGGUGGUGAAGGUGCCACCGUUGUUCUUGACGAGAACUGCCUGGUAAUGUGA